UAAUUCAUUUAUAUCGCACUGGUACUGUUCCAUCAGCGACACGUGAAUUUUGUCUAGCAUGGUGUUUGGUUAAUUUAUUUGGUGUUAUAUCCGUUAGCCUUCUAAUGGCUUGGGCAUCGAUUGAACGACAUAUUCUCAUUUUUCAUUCAAGAUGGUUUGCAACAAAAACUAAACUUCUUUUCUUUCAUUUUCUCCCUUUGGCAAUAUGUAUUUUGUGGCCAGUAGCAUUUUAUCUAGUCGUUUACUUAGCAAGACCUUGCGAUUCUCCUCCCGAUUACACUGCACCUGUAUGUAACCUAUAUUUGUGUCUUUUUCUUAGUCCAAAGAUAGGUUUAUUUGACAGUAUUGCUCAUUAUAUUAUGCCGACAUUUAUUGUUGUAUUAUUUAGUAUUGCUCUGUUGAUACGUGUUUUGUAUCACAAAUAUCGCAUGCGUCAAAGAAUUGAAUGGAGAAAUUACAAGAAAAUGGCAGCGCAAUUGUUACCGAUAUCUGCUCUGUAUCUUCUGAUAUCAUUUCCACCAAUGAUUUUGUAUGCUGCAUAUUCAGCUGGUCUACCAUCAUAUGUAGCUGCUAAUUAUUUUCUUGAUGGUUCUUUCUUUUUUUAUUGGGUUAUAAUCUUUACUCCAUUUGCGAGUGUUCUCUCAUUACCUGAAUUGAAAGUAAAAUGUAAAAAUAUCUUUCUAUUUUGGCAACGUAAUCGAGUUGUUCGUCCAGAAAUUUUGCCCAUGAAUCGUCGACAAGCUGGUCAAACCUGA